GGGUGAAACUGACCACAUGUCCCAUGCCUCCGAGAAGGAACGAUCACAAACAGCCCUGUCUGUUCAGAUACUUAGUUCUGUUGAAACCAGAGGUCUAUCUUGGCCUUUAAAAUGUUUUUUUCUUCACUCUCAACUGUAGUUCUGCUGGAUUUCCUUUGAAUCAGAGACACUUUUAAGACUCUAAUGAUCUUCUUCCUCAGAAAAUGAACAUCAGGUUUCACACAAUUUUUUUUAAAUAGUCCAAUUUUAGUGGUUUCUCAGACCCAGGUUAAACACCCUUGUUUUAUUUUAUUUUAUUUUUUGAACAGUGCAAAUCUUUUAAAAUUCAAAUUGUAUUUCAAAUAAAGGAAUUUUUUAAAAACACCCUUGUUUUAGACCAUUUUCUAAAUGGGACCCAAAGCUUCUGAAUGAAGAGGUGAACUCUUACACAUGCUUCAGAACCCUGCCCAAAUGUCAUCUCUUCAGCAGAGCUCCCUACCAUGCCCAAGUCAGUUGGGCAGCCCCUCCUUUGUGCUCUCAUUGCUUGUCCUUCUAUUAGAUCCUAUAUCUAUUAGAUCCCAUAAUCCCUCAUUUCCUGGUUGGUUUCUUCUACUAAACUGUGAGCUCCUUUUCAUCUUUCUUACUCAUUUUUUGGGUCCCAGUGCCUAGCACAGAAAUGUUGCAGGAAUGGAAUAUAAAGGAAGAUAAUGAGUUCCCUGCUUGAAAUUCAGGGAAAGCCCUCUCUGCCUUGGGUGAAUGGGAUGGGGAGGGAACUAGGAAGCUGUAUCUGAUGGGACUUCUUGUGGGGCUAGGCCAACCUGCCAGGACAGCGCAAGCCAGCCUCCAGGACCAGCAUCCUUUCAGAAGAUAAGGGGCUGUCAACACAAGUGGAAUGAUCAGGAAGAACUGGUGGGAAAGUAGCGUCGGCCUCAUAGAUCGCCACUGCCGAUUAGAUGAGGGAGUGUGUAAUUGGAAUUGUGCUGGCAGGGAGGGAUGCUUUGAAGUUCCAGGCUGAUUAUGCUAAAGAAUGACUCUGGGUGGCUGGGUGGCAUCCUUAUUUCCAGGUACCGGCAGGAGAGGACAGCAGCUCUUUGGCACAGCAGAGAGCAUGUGUCUUUCCCCGGAGGUGUCAGUGGGAAGCCCCUUUGCCCUGCUCCUAGGGUCCCUGGGAUGGAGUAUCAGCCCGCAUAAAAGCUCCAGUCUCCGGAAAGAGAGAUGGGUGGGUUCUCAGCCACAGCUUGGAGACCCCGGGCUUGGAGGGCGUGAGGGGCACAGCUGCCUGAAAGUGACUUUGGGGUCUGUUGGUUGGAAACUCCUUCCCUGUGGCACUGAGUCCUCUGAGGGCCGUGGAUAUUUGGACUCAGAUAGAGAGCACACACUCAGCAGGCUCUGGAGGAAGCAAAUUCUCCAUCUCCCCAUGAGGGAGUCCCAGGAGGGCAGUAAAACUCCUUCUGAAAUGAUUUCAUGUAAAAACUCCUGACAAAGAACAGGCAUACUGCCUUGCACAUGACACUUUCACCUUCCAGAAAUUUCCCAUGAUCUCAUUUUCUCCCCAACUUCAGCUCCGUGACAUAGGUGAGAAGGCAUGAACCCCACCAUCCUCCGGACAGAGAGCUCUCACUUUAUUUGCUGACAAGGGGUUCUCGUCUUGAUAAAGCAUCGGCAAGAACGUCAUCUGCGACCGCACGGCCACGCCGCUGGACGCCUUCCGCAUGAUGUCGGCCGCCCACUACUACCCCAAGCUCAUGAGCAUCAUGGGCAACGUGCUGCGCUUCCUGCCGGCCUUCGCGCGCAUGAAGCAGCUCAUCGAGGAGGGCUACGUGGGCGAGCUGCUGGUGUGCGAGGUGCAGGUGCACGGCGGCAGCCUGCUGGGCAAGAAGUACAACUGGAGCUGCGACGACCUGAUGGGCGGCGGCGGCCUGCACUCGGUGGGCACCUACAUCAUCGACCUGCUCACCUUCCUCACCGGCCAGAAGGCUGUCAGGGUCCACGGGCUGCUCAAGACCUUCGUGAAGCAGACCGACCACAUCAAGGGCAUCCGCCAGAUCACCAGCGACGACUUCUGCACCUUCCAGAUGGUGCUGGAGGGCGGCGUGUGCUGCACCGUCACCCUCAACUUCAACGUGCCCGGCGAGUUCAAGCAGGACGUGACCGUGGUGGGCUCAGCCGGGCGCCUGCUGGCGGUGGGCACCGACCUGUACGGGCAGCGCAACAGCGCCCCCGCGCAGGAGCUGCUGGUGCAGGACGCCACGCCUGUCAGCAACUCGCUGCUGCCCGAGAAGGCCUUCAGCGACAUCCCCUCGCCCUACCUGCGCGGCACCAUCAAGAUGAUGCAGGCCGUGCGCCAGGCCUUCCAGGACCAGGACGACCGGCGCACGUGGGACGGGCGACCGCUCACCAUGGCCGCCACCUUCGACGACUGCCUGUACGCCCUGUGCGUGGUGGACACCAUCAAGCGGUCCAGCCAGACGGGCGAGUGGCAGGACAUCGCGGUGAUGACGGAGGAGCCCGAGCUCAGCCCCGCCUACCUGAUCAGCGAGGCCAUGCGCCGGAGCCGGAUGUCCCUGUACUGUUAGCCCAGACUGGGGACCCAGCGCGACCUAGGGCUCCCUCCUGGGGCCCAGAGAGGGGGAAAGGCUGGGGGAGAGGUGGCCUCGAGGAGUGUAGGCCGGGGGAGGGCGGGGAGUGGAAAGGCAGGGUGAGAAAAUGACAUCUGGGAGGCUGAGCCCCUGGCCGGGUGAGGGGCCCCGAACGAGACUGUUGGGACGGUGACCCGCGGUCCCCGAGGUCGUCCCUGCUUGCGUCGGCUGAGACGGAGGCGGUCAGCCGCCUCUGCUGCCCUUUACUGUGAGAAGCCCGGAGGGGUUGCCGGCCUCCGCCCCUCAUCCACGCCCCCACCCCCCCCCCCCGACCUUGGCCUCCUUGGCAAGCCAAAUGCUCCUGCGUGCUCUGAGCCCCGUUUCCAGGGGCGAGCUCGGUUGGCGGGAGACAGCACAUCUUCACGUGCCCACGCAAGCCUGCAGGUGUGUGUGCGGGGGUGGGGAGGGGCGGGCGCCAGUGGCUAAAGAGAAAGUUCAGAUUUCAGGAAGCCACUUCAAGUGUCUGAAGGAAAAAGUCCUUGGUAGCAAAGUGUACAGCUUUCUGGAUGGAUUGGUCUUCCUCCCAGGAAGCCCGAGGGAGGGAGUGUCUUCCUAACUGGCUCAGUGCCCUUUUCCUGGCCUGAGGUAGGGUAAGGGAGGGCCAGGAACAGCAAGCAGAGAAUCGGGUUCCCUUGAGCCAAAAGGAGAGAGCAGGGGCGCAGCCUGCACUGAAACAGAUGAGGCAGAGAAGAAAAUAUCCCUUCGGAUUUGCCAGCAAUUAAAAGCCUAUUUCCGGUGGAGUGGAAUUGCCUGUAAGGAGGGAUUCGGUACUGGAGCGUUGAGGUGGUCCUUUCACGGGGCCGAGGAGACAGCAGGAAGGAGGUGUGCGUCUGACCACAGGCUCCCGUGCUAUCCUCCAGGGCCGGGGGCAGCCUCGCGCCCCAGGGUCACAGUGGCAAUUCCCAGCAGGAGGGAAAGUGAGCCCUGGACCCAUCUCUCCUAGCAAGCUGGGGAAGGGCUCUUAGGAGAUUCCCCAGCUUUGUAGAUUUUAAAAGGGAAGCCUUCAGGUCCACUCAGAUAGAAUCCUCUCCCCUUUAAAAGAAAAAAAAAAAAUAGUCAAGGCUCUUUUCCUUAGCUUGGACCUUUGCUUUCACGCAUCAAAAAAUGAAAAAUUUUGAAUAGGUAUUAAACAAAAGGACAGCAAGCAACAUAAUUUUCAGUGUUUCUAAAUGGGGUUUGAGAGCCUUCUGAGGUGUAUAGUUCCCGUAGGCUGAAGAAGGCUAAUGUAGGAAAAAACAUCUUCUUCCUGUUGGUCUCCUGUCUCUCUUGUCUCGUCAUCCCCUGCUUACAGGGAGGGCUUUUACUGGAGAUGGCAAACUGCAGGCUUGGAGCAGACAGUGCCAGAAGGGAACAACCAGACACACACACACGCACACGCGCGCGCGCACACACAGACGGGUUUAUAAAUGCUCACUACCACCACUGUCACUAAAAUCGCUCUUAAAAAUUCAGACCUAGUCUUGAAAGAAAGCCCAAGUCAAAUACAUUUUGAAAAUGGGGAAUUAUCCUUUUGUUAUCUUUUCUUCAUCCUUCACCCCACAUAGGACAUGUGUCGAGCUUGGCUGUGGAGACUGUUACUUGUAAAUGUACACAGCGUUUGUUCACAGUCACAGAAAUCCAGCCGUUGUCUUUGGCACACAAGUGACAUUUAAACAUCUUUUCAGUUGGCCCCGCAGUGGAACUGGAAGGGAAUUUAAAGGGCUGAGAGUGAACCCCCGGCUCUGAGUGGGCAAAGUCCCAAAAUGAACCGUGCGAUCAGUUGCUCCCUCCUUCCUCCUCCCAGGGCCAAUACACUAUGAAUCCCAGGCUGCCCGUGGGUACUGCGUGGCCGUGUCCAAACACCACGGGAAUAUGGUAUUUUCUAGCACGGAGGGGUAGGGAUCGCCUCCCUAGAAAGAAUUACCCUGCUUCCUGGUCCCUUACUACGAUGUGGGAAGAAGGUUAGUGAGCUAAAACUCUCCAUCGUACCAACGGUCCCUGCUCCGUUGACAGAAUCAGCCUGCCAGCUUUCCUAGCUACCAGUUCAAAACUAGAGAUUUGGUAGAAUGGAGGUCUCCCAGUAAGCAUUUGAGCAGAGGGCCAUGCCAUGGACUGUUUUGGUUCAGAUUUUCCUAAAUUCCCCUCUGGAUAAAUAGCUUUUGUGGAAACUGAGUGGAAAGAAUAUUUGCUUUUUCUAGUUGGCCCCAAAAGGCUGUGAUCAAGGAUGUAGAGAAAGGAAACUAGUGACUCUAUGAGGCUCAUUUUUCUAAGUCAUUUAUAAUCUAAGUAGGGCUGUUCCUGGGGUUUCAGUUUUGUUUCUGUACUUCAAAUACUUAGGACUUGUUUCCCCCCAAAGAUCACUGAGCUCUGUGACAAAUAUUUAGUGUCUAAAACAAAAAUUCUCCUUUGAGGCUGGGGUAUAUGGAAAGAAUAUACAUUCUUAAAAAGAAGCAUGAAAAAUAUUUUAGUAAGUGUUCUUAAAUUCUGUCCGCUGAAACGCAUGUAGUAGGUGGAUGGCAGGAACAAGUGGAAGAAAAGACAUAGUUCAUUUUCUUAGUGUAAAAACUACAGUAAGUGGGUUCUUUAGUUUGAGCUCAGAUGAAGUCUCUGGAGUAACCCGGCCCUCUCUGCCUUGUUUAAUGUGUUUCCAGGACCCAGGGUAAUGGAGGCUCCAUUUUAGGGUCCCCACUUGCCUGAUUUGUUCCCGUCACUGUGAGGGGGCCUCUGAUGCUGAACAUUUGGGCUCGUGCCACUGGCGGCCUCUGCAGAAUGUUCCAAAUUCCAAAUUCUGAGAGGAGGUAUAAGUCAGGGUAACCACAAGUGUUUGGGAAUGCUCUGGGCUUAUUUGGAAGGGUUGGAUGCUCUGAGUUUUCUCCCGGAGAGAGAGUUCGUGACCACUGUCAGCUCCCCUACGACUUCUCCCCGCGAUGGAGAGGAGUGGUAGGGGACCGCAGAUCCUCCUUAGCCCACCAGGCAGCAGAUACCUCGGGACUCUAAGGGCAGCUUGGCUGACUCCAGCUCAAGGUGAACUUCUCCCAGACCCUUUCUCCAUCCUCAGAGAGCCACGCCGGUACUCUCCGCGCUCCCACAUUUCUUGAUCGUCUACCGUGUGCAGGGUAUUUUAAGGACGUUAUCUCGCUUAAUCCAUAAAAACGGCCCUGUAGUCCUGGGUAUUGUCAGUCCCAUUUUACACGUGAGAAAACUGAGGCUGAGAGAAAGAGUAACUUGCCCAGAGUCACAAAACUAUUAAGUAGAAGUGGGGUCACCUGAAUCCAAACCUUUCUUCUCCUCCAAACCACGUUGCCUCCCACAAAGAAAGGUUUGAGCCUCUGCAAUUCCUGCCGGGCCGGAAAGCGCUUCUUGUCGAACCCUGUCGGGGUCUGUGGAGCAACAGUGACUAGAGCUCGAUGUGACCUGCGUGGGGUGCCCCUCUGCUGCUGUCGUCACCUGCCUGUGGAGCAGGAUGCCACGUUUGAUGUUCUGCCAGAAGGUUCCUUGUAGAGCUGCAAAUAGAAGGAGUCGGUUUUUCUUCCUCUUCCAAAAUGGAAAUGUCACUCAGCUUCUUUUCAAAGCAACUUCCUAAGUCGAUUCUGAUCGUAAGCUGUGCAGCAAGCCACAGAGCUGGGCAUUUUCAGAACGUUGGCCGAUUAUUACGGAUGGCCUUGGGUUUUGCUCUCACUGAGUAUAUAACAUAGGAAAAUGUCUUUUCUCAGGGAGUGGGGCUUUGACAGUUCAUUUGUUCGUGACUCAGAUUUUAGCUGUGCGUUGCAUUUGUACCUUUAGCCUCUCUUAACUCUUCAUCUUGUCUCAUAGCCGCAGCUGUUGAAUACAACCUGUGGUCACAAAGGAGGUUUCUGAUUGCAUCACUUUUAUUCUGGUGGCUUUGGGGCGGGGGAGGAGUUCGGCGUUGAUAAGGGUACCCGGGGGAGAAAGUAAAGCCAGUUGCACCUGGAGGGACUCCAGAGCCCAGUAUAUUCAGUUCCUUUAUUUUUACAUCCCCAAGAGGUUAAGUGAUGACCAAGGUCACACCGCUUCUUAGUGGUAGAGCCAGGACUAAAAUCCCAGCUUUCUGACUCUAAGGUCCAUCCUGAUCUUCAGAGCUCUCAGGUGGGGAGACGGAGGCCCAGAGAGGUGAAAUGACUUGUCUCAGGUCCCAGGGCUAGUUGGUGCAAGAGUAGCAGUUAGAACUCAGACCUGCAACGGACAGUAUUCCCUGAGCUGUUGCAGCUGAAUCAAUUUUUUUUGAACUCCAUUAUGUCUUGAAUGUAGUCAGAAAACUAGCUGUUUAAAAUUUCCCAUUGUGCCUGUAAUGUGAACAAUUAUCUCUAAUUUGUAUUCUGUUGGCCAGGAUGGGGGACAUACAUUCAGAUGUUCACCUUUGGGAUUUCCUGAGGCCAGCUCUACUUCUGGGCUCCACCCUGCCCUCUGGGUACAGAUCUAGGUCUUGACUAGCUUAGGACUCCUGCUCUACCUCCCGCCUCCAUUUUCGGCCAUCCAAAUCCUGAAGUUUAUAGGGCAGAGGUCACGACGCUGGGGAGUUUUUUGUUUUGUUUUUUUUUUUUUUAAAUCAACUCUCAGAGCCCUGCCUUUCAGUUCCCUUUCGGGGACAGGGAGACGCGUAAUAAGUAAUGAAAUAAAGCUGUGCUUGUCUGCAGCCCGUGGACCCACCCCAGCCUGUCGCAUCCUGGGCAGAGAAGCGGGUGGAUGGGGAGUACCCCAAGUUUGAGGGGCCAGCCCUGAGUUGGGCUUCAGAACUUUUCCCAAGAGGAGUGUAGACCUUCUGUGCUUCUUUAAGAGGUGUUGGGCUUAGUGGUCUCAUCAGAGUGUGCAGGUGCAGCCAGUAAGUACCGUGUACCUGAGUUCCACACCAGUUAGCAGUGAAAGGCAGUGGCCUACUGACAUUUUCUUCCCCAUGUCACGGUCCCCAUUCGCUGGAGCUCUUGAGAGGGGCACCAAGCGUCUGGCUCUGUCAGGCUCCUCGAGUGUUGCACUACUGAAUACUCUUGAAUCUGUUGCCCCUUUCUGUUUACACCAGCAGCGAGUAGAGAAAUAACAAGGCCAUGUCACAUGCAGUGGCUCCGUGCUUGGCGUGGCAGUCGUGCUUGCCUGGGUGGCGUGAGCAGGGCCCCCAGACUAACCCAGCUCCAGGUCUCUGCUGUCCCCUGCAGCCAUCACAAGGGCUCCGUUGUUGAAUGAGCCCCAUGGUUUCUCCCCAGAAACUCCAUGACUGGUUUGUGAUUCUAGCCCCAGGCUAAGAAACAGAACCCAAGGAAGCGACCUGCCCGCUCCUUCGCUCCCCUCCUUCCCCAUCAGGCAUCCAACCGUAUUUAGCAUUCUUGCCCUGUGCCUUGCCCAGGGGAGGGAGAAGUUUCUAGUAAUUAUGGUUUUCUGUUGGUUGCCUGGUGCUUGUACUGUUGUUUUGUUGUGGUUGUUUUUAACCAAAAAUUGCAUUUGUUUGGUU